AUGGUAGAUAUUAUAUCUCCAAUGCAAUCUGCAUAUGUGCCUGGGAGACUAAUUUCUGAAAAUAUUUGUCUUGCUCAAGAUCUAGUAAAGAUAAUGAAGAAGAAAAGAGGUAGAAAUGGCCAUUUAGCCCUCAAAAUGGAUAUGUCUAAAGCAUUUGAUAGGCUGGAGUGGGUUUUUCUUGAUGGCGUUCUUAAACAAUUUGGUUUCUGUGAUAAAUUUCGUCAUCUCAUACAACAGUACAUCAGCACCACAACUAUUGAGAUUAUGAUAGAUGGAUCACCUUCUUCAUCUUUCAGUCCUACAAGGGGUAUCAGGCAAGGAGACCCUUUCUCUCCUUACCUAUUUAUCCUAGCCAUGGAAGCUUUUUCAAGACAACUACAUCACUUUGAAAAUACCAUACAAUUGACAGGAAUGAAGAUUUCAAGAUCUGCUCCUAAAAUAAAUCAUCUUUUGUUUGCAGAUGAUUGCUUGUUAUUCUGCAAGGCCAACCUAGUACAAACAAAUAACUUGCUUCAAGUUAUAGAGAAUUUCAGUGCUUGUUCUGGUCAACUCAUUAAUUUUCAUAAAUCUGUUGUUUUCUUCAGUAAAAAUACAAGUCCUUCAAGUGCUCAAAUUAUCUCUGGGAAUCUUCAAGUGAGACAGUUAAGCAUCAAUGUAGAAAAAUACUUGGGAUUACCAUUUUUUGUUGGUAGAAAUAAGAGAAUCCCCUUCUCUAAUCUACAAAAAAAAAUGGAAUCCAGACUUUCUAAAUGGGUUUCUGUCAAUGUUUCUGAAGCAGGCAGCUUCAAAUUGCCAGAUGCUACUAUCAACUACUUAAAUUAUUCUCAACAAAUUUUUUGGAGAAACAAGAAAACAAAUAAAGGAAAGCCUGCAAUCUCUUGGAAAAAGGUAAGUAAAUCCAAAGAAGAAGGUGGAUUGGGAUUUAGAGAUCUCAAACUCUUUAAUAGAGCCUUACUUGCAAAAUCAGCUUGGAGACUAUGCACAGAUGAAACUUCUAUGUGCGCAUUGUCUCUUAAAGCUAAAUAUUUCCCUGAUGGAAAGGUUUUCAAUAUCAAAGAUAACCCUAAUUCUACUUGGUCUUGGAGGAGUAUAAGCUUUGAGAUUAUGUUUAUCAAAAAACACAGUUGUUGGAGUAUAGGGAAUGACCACAAAAUCAAGAUAUGGAGUUAUAGAUGGAUUUCAGAUUUACCUGAUCCACCUGCCCCUAAAAAUGGUGUACAAGAUUAUCAAAAUUAUACUUAUCUUCAUGAACUGUUCACUGAUUCUGGUGGGUGGAACUAUUCUCUAAUAUUCUCUUUAUUUGAAGCUAUAACAACAAGAUUAAUUCUCAACUUAUCAAUUCAUCCUCAGCAUGAAGAUAGGCUUGUUUGGACUCUAGAAAAUAAUGGGAAGUUUACUGUAAAAUCUGCAUAUAGAAGAAUGUUUGAAGAUCAUAAUAUUGUCCAGACUGUUGGCCAAAGGAUGAAGAAAAUCUUUAAAAGAAUGUGGAAAGUGCCACUGCUCCCAAGGAUAACUUAUUUCCUCUGGAAAUGUCUGCAAGACAUUCUUCAAACCAGAGACAAGUUGACGUAUGCUAUUCAGGAUGGUAAUUAUGGCUGUCCUAUGUGUACACAAACACUUGAGACUUCUUCUCACAUCAUCCUACACUGCCACUUCUCUAGAGCAGUAUGGUUUGCGGUUCUUGGCCUUCAUAUUCAAGGUGAUGCUAAUAUGGUAGAUUGGUUCAUCAACUGGUUCGAUAAACUCUCAGCUAACCAGAUUCAAUGCAAGCUAGAAAUUGAUCUUUUUCUAAGGAAAACUCCUAGACUGUCUGCACAAAUUCCUAAACAGUGUAGAGUUAAUCUACACUGGAGUCCCCCUCCUUUAGAUGCUUUUAAAAUCAAUGUUGAUGGCUCUUUCCAUUAUGAUAUUAAAAAUGGUGGCAUUGGUAUUAUAGUGCGUGAUUUUGCAGGUGUGCAUAAGGGAUCCAGAUGCAUCUACUCAGAAGCUGCGUGGAUUCCAGAGCAUGUAGAAUGUAAAGAUCUAUGGGAAGCUGUCUAG